UGUGCUUGAGAAACAUAUUUUAUUUUAAAAUCAAAAAAAAAGUCGAAAAGAUAUUUAUAUAUAAAAGAUAUAAAAGAUUUGCGUAAUCAUUUGCAAGCUUAUCUUUGUAGAUAUUUACUCACUUCACGUAAGACGUUCAAACCAGUGCUCAUAACUUUUUAAAAGCGGAAAGGAAACAGAUUUUAUUGUGUCCGAACUUCUAAUAACGCAGAUUUGUAAAGAUGAGUCCUGUCAAAAAGCAAUGUCUGACAUUUACUAAACCUCAACCAGUUUGGAAUACUGCUGAUGAUGUUCAAAAGAUAGUAACAGCAUUGCAGAAUGAAUCUGUUGUCAAUCGUAUUAUACUUGAUAUGAAUUCACUGGCUCCUUCUGCUACACUAGCUAUUACUAAAGGGUUGCAGCUUCAUAGUGAACUACGCGAAAUUGUCUUGGAUAAUGUGUUCCAAGGACGACUAGCGUCGGAAAUAGCGGAAAGUCUAAAAAUUAUUACGAAUUGCCUGACUGGUAGUCAUAUAAGAUUGACUGUUUUAGACUUUCGGAAUAGUACCUUUGGCCGCUUAGGCUUCCUCAAUGUAGUAAAACUGAUACAAUCUGCUGCUUGCAAACAUUUAAGGGUACUUAAUUUGGAAGCCUGCCAACUAAGUUGUGAGGAAAUGCAUCUCUUACAUAAUUUCCCCACAAAACUUAAGGUUUUAGGUCUUGGACAUAAUCAAAUAGGAGAUGUUGGGGCAAAAGUUCUUUGUGGAACAUUGAACGAGCUGACUGUGUUAGAAGAGCUGGAUUUAUCUAAUAACAGCUUUUUUACUAGUGGUUAUGUGGCUAUUAAGAAGUAUCUGUUGAAUGCGCAUCGUCUGCACAAAAUAAACUUCUCGUACAAUUCUAUUUCUUUUGAUUCGUCAGAAGCCCUAGCGAAAGCCUUUGAGAACGUUGAUUACAAUUUACGCGUACUAAUAUUAAAACACUGUUAUAUGGACGGUACGAUGGCUAUACAUAUAUGUACUGCUUUGAAUAAGUACAAAAGUUUGGAGCAGAUGGACUUAAGCUACAACCAGAUUGAUUGUAAUUCGACGCUGUGGUUGUUAAAGUUUUUCAUAGAAAAGAAACUUUUAGUUUGUGCAGUACAUGGCAAUAGGUUAUCUAAAGCUGAAAGAGAAAAAGUGAUAACGAAGUUGACACAAAUAGGCCUGCAUUAUGUUCUACAACCAUUUGUAGAUAAACCGAACUUAAAUCAUUGUAAAUCCGAGGAAAUAGUAUCCUUCUACUAUCACUAUUCUUCAACUGAAAAAAAAAUGACAUAUAUGAAGGAAGUGACUACUACAGCCUUAUUUUCUUUUGAUAACUUUGAAGCCCAAGUAACUUUGACCAGACAGAAAUGCGAGGUACCUGCAGGUGCCAACAUCACUAGUGCAAAUGACAGAAAUAAUGUGCAUUCUAUAAACAAAACAGUUCAUCAUAGUAACAAUGACUACUUAGCUAUAGACCAAAAAAAUGUGCCCAAUGCUCCACAAAAAAGUGCAGAAACUUCUAAAUCAUUACCAUCCCCAUCCAACACCAACAAAGGAACACAACAACAGUGUCCCUUCCUGUCUUCUACCUGUUCGUUUUGUUCCUUUGGUGAAAAUGUACGCAGAGACGACAGCAAUCAAUGCUCGAAACACAAACAACAUCACUUUUCUGCUACACAGCCAAAGGAACAUAAAGAAGAAGAAAAUUUGAGCGAUCGAGAAAAAGACGAAGAAUUACGUGAAUCAUACGUGAGUUCCAGUGCUGAAAAUUCAUCCUCUGAUGAAAGCUUACAUAUAUUGAAACGCUCUUCGACACAUUUCAAUCUGCAACAACAGGAGCUAUUGAAACAGAAUUAUAAAUCUGUUGUUGAUCGAAAUAUAUCCAGCACUUCAUCCGACAGUGAUGAGUAUAUUGAGCGUAAAAAGUUCGAAGAGAAAUUCUUGUUUAAUAACUUUAAAAUAGUUCGUCCUAGUAGCAAAUUUGAUAAAUUUUUUUUACCGGCAAUACCUGAAGCUAGCAAUGAAAGCAAUAGUUCGAAUAGUGGGAGCGGAGUUAAACCUCGCCGUAAUUUAUCGAAACGGCAAACCAAAACUCGCAACAAGAAAUAUUCCUCUGAUGACUCCAAUGAUGAUAGCGAUAGCAGCAUGGAAUCAUUGUCGACAAAUGGUGAGAACAAAAACCUGUACACCAAUGAAAGUUUUUAUAACCUUCCCCCUAAGAACAACUUCAAAAUGCAAAUCGGAUCUAAGUUGCCAGUAAAUCACAUCAAUGAUUCUGGAUCUGAUAGUAACCAGAAAAAUAUGAACUAUUUCAGAGAUGUCAAAACUGAAACACCCAGUGGUAACUUGCCGUCUUUUAAUGUUUAUAAUACCGCGGCACAGUUUGCUGCUGAGAGAAAGAAACAUGAGAAGAAUAGCAAUAGUGUGUAUUCAUCACCCGUCUCCAACAAAUAUAAUGUAAUUAAUGAUGAAACCGCUCAAACUAGCUCUGAUUCUCAAUAUCCUAUGCAAACUACGAUAAGAGAACACACUGCUAUAAAAAAAUUUGACAAUAACUUAUCUGAAAACUCACCAGAUAAGUCAAUUUAUAAUACUACCUCUAAACCUUGCAACAACAGUAAUAACUCCAGCAGUUGUAAACGAAAACUGGAUGUAUCUGAAGAAAAUUCCACAACACGUGCUGUAAGAAAGAUGCUAGUCCAUUCGUCUUUGCAAAAAAGACCUGUUGUGGAUUUACCCAUGUGUUCAGAACAAUUACAUGCCAAUGAUAACGAAAAGAAGACUCAUAACUAUUUGGAAAUUUCGAGUGAUGAUGAUUCUAGAGCAAGUUUUGUAACAAGUGACACCAAUAUAAAAUCAAAUCACAAUUAUAUAUUACUAAAUCUUAAUACGAAUUCGAAAAGUGCACUUGAAUCCAUUUUCCAAACAAUAGCUGCAAAUAAAUACGAUCUGAAGAUCGAUAGCAAUACAGGGGAAGAAAGUUGUACACGGGAUCACAACUUAACAAACCGCGAAACCGCUAAGUCAUUACCUAAUAAUGACGAAUUAAAAAUUUUAUCUUCCGCUAAUAAUAAGUGUUCCUCUAAGGAGUACAAAAAUAAUGAACCAAACCAAUUUAUUGCUAAAAAUAACUUACCCAAAAAUGAACAAAUGGUAAUACUAAAAUCUAAAAUUAGUGAAAUGUUCUGUGACAUAAAUGGCGACUUUAGCACUCAUUUCAAAGAUGACCCUAUGCAUAAAAGCGACUUCGCAGCGUUCGAUUCAAUGAACAAAUGUGUAGAAUGUGUAGAAACCACUUCCACUGUCUCUGUUAGUUUGGACACAGAAGAUGCUAAGCAGGAAGUUCAGCUUCCAAAUACUGGAUUUCAAAAACAUUGUUUUUUCUACAAUAUAAAUAUUGCGAAUAGUACAGAUGUUGACGAUUAUGAGAGUGAUCCUGAAGAAGAUGAGGACAAUAUGCUGAAAAAUUCGGCAUCCCUCAUUACUGAUAAAGACGCUAAGUCGAACACUCAAAUAGCACCAACAGAUAAUUCUUCCGCUCCUGAUAUACAAUCAGUACAAUAUUCAUCAGCAUCCUUACCAAUUAGAAAUUUUGGUAAAACAAUUUUUAUCAAAUUUAAACAUUCCGAUAAUUCUGGUCGCGUUAUCGAACUUCCGUUAAUUAGCUUUCAUUACAAUAGCAGCAACGAUUCGAACAGUACUACUGUUUCAGCAGAAGUGAUUCCACAGAAGCCACAUAUAGUAAGAUAUCAGCUUGAAGAGUUGAAAAAAUUUGCUUCCCUCUGUAAUGUCAGGGAUUUCAUUAUUAAAGUGACAGAGGAAGACAUACUAGAAUUAUCGAAAAAAUUCGAGGAAAUGAAAAUUACUCCACACAAGCAUUCAAGAAAGUCUUCUCAAGAAAUAAAAGAAACAAAAUUGACUGAAGUUGAAAAGGGAAAAGUUGGUAACAGCGGUAACAGUGCUAUCAGGGAGCCAGUUUCUAUCUUACCAUUUGCUUCAAAAAAACUUUCAUGCUUCUAUGAAACGUUAAAUUUUACAGAUUACGCUUCCUUUGACACUAUAUUGGAAAAGACAACUGCAGUGGAAAUCGAUUCAAGUGCUUUAGUAAAAACUGUAAGAGCGCGAUAUAGCAACUUACUUGGAUUUGAUUCAGUUAACACUCAAAAAUAUAGAACUAAAAAAUCCAAAACGGACGAUGUACCAUCGUUACUGAAGAAAUAUGAAACUAUAGCUGCAAAUCAGACCAAAUACUUGCGUAAGAUUUCUGAAGUCAACAAAUCGCAGCUUAAGCAAUUGAGUGCCACUGAGAGCAAGCACAAGACAAGUGUAUUUGGUAAGGAAUAUUUAAAGGGCGUGUCAAAUAACAACUAUAAUUUUAUAAAAGACUCUAAAUUUAAUGUCUAUCCAAAACUAAUUAAUAGUUGGGCUAUGGAGCAGACUUCUUCUUCAAAUGUCGCCAAGGAUGACACUCGCAACAAUUUGACUGACUCUGAAGAUGAAUUUGACUGGGAUUUUAAUUAGAAUAUUUAAACACAAACUUUUUUUAUUCUCAUUAUUUAUA